CCCCGUUCAUUGCUUAGUUGGCUACAUGGAGCGGACAUGAAGCGAAUCGGAGGACCAUGUGUGAGAUAACGGCCAGCGUCCAGUCAGAGGGUAUCCGCUGUGAUACAGGUAUACAUCCUGGUGUAGACAGAGCGAGACACUUCGACUUUGGAUAAUGAAUUCUUGCUGUAUUUGUGUUCAGUAAAACCGAGGAGACUAGAAUGUUUUCGCGCAGGGGAAAAAACGCGACCUGGCAACCUGACGGGCGGGUGCGCUUCCGUGGCUGAGCGAUUUCCCAGCAUGUCACAUCGCCAAACACAGGUAAGCAGCGAUAAACGCGCGUGUGUGGCGCCGGUGUCGGUGUGGGAGAGCGCUGGCGACGGCGGGGAGCUCACUCCGACCCCGUGUCCUUUCAUGGGGAGCACUGGGAAGUCCCGCACGGCGCGCAUUGUAGUAGAUAACUUCAGAGAAAUGCAGCAUGGCUCUACAAACAUCGCUUCACUGUCAUGCGUGAACUUUUCCUACCGGAACAUACACACCGCAGAAACAAACACGGGUGAACGAUGACCUUCUGGGGCUUAUUGGAUGAGCUGCCGUCCAUCAUGAAGAAGCGAGCCAAUAAGGCGCUGGAGCUGGACGAUCCUUUGUGCUGCUGUGAGUAUGUGGAUCGACAUGGUGGGCGGAGUCACAUGGCAGCGUGCUGCUGUGACUGUGAGGAUCUGGACGAGGCUUGUGACAGAUGGAUGAAGAGAGAGCCCCAGAACCCGGACUCUCUAUCUCGAGUGGCAGCCACGGUAACCGAUCGUCUGCGAGUGCCCUGGAUUUCAGGAGCUAAAAAAGUUGACCUGUCCUUGAUCCCGCCUCUUAUCCUACUUCCCAUCCUCUUGCACAUCGCUGCUCUGCAUUACCUGCUGGGGAUCAUAGUGCUGACGGCGCUACCCGGCAUGGUACUUUGGUAUUACUACUUCACCCACCGCAAGAAAGGACGUACGCUGUUCUUCCUCAGCCUGGCACUGUUCUCCCUGUUGUACAUGUACUACCUCUUCCUCACCGAGGUCAUGCCGCGAGGCGACGUCACUAACCUACAGCUGGGGAUCAUCACGCUAGGCGUGGUGCUUACCCUCAUAGCCCUCGUGCAUACCAAGAAAGGGCCAGGCUACGUCAGACCCAGUCCUGCUGACACGCACAGCACAGUGACGUAUCACAGCCCUCCCCCGGACGUAGACUCCGCCUACCACAACGGCUCACGGCAUCAAGUAGUGAUCGCCAAUCGGACGAGUCCUGCUGAGCAGGGAGCUGAGCCCAGAGCUGUGGCAGGCAGCGUGCUGGAGAAAGACAGCAGCAGGAGGAACUGGUGUCCGUUCUGCAAGCUGGUGCAACCUCCAAGAGCCGGCCACUGCAGGAUCUGCGGCGCUUGUGUCCUACGCCUGGACCAUCACUGUGUCUGGAUUAACAGCUGUGUGGGUCAGGCCAACCAUCGCAGCUUCCUGCUGACGCUCAUCUUCUUCCUGUUGACCUCGCUGUAUGGGAUCAGCCUGGUUCUGCGCAGUGUGUGUCCCACCCAGAGCCUCCUGACCGCCUUGCUCUACUGCCCCGAUGUCUACAGUCAGUCCAGCUCGGCCUUGUGCUUCACCUGUGCCUGGUACAGCAGCAUCGUCACAGGAGGACUGCUCCACCUGCUGGUGCUGCAGCUGAUCAACGUCAGCUACAACGUAACGGAGCGUGAGGCUCGGAUCGCUCUGAGGGACAAAACGGGACGCAGUCUCAUCUGGGGCCUUAUCAUCGACACGGGUGUGUACUCCCACGGCUUCCGCGCCAACUGGACUGAAUUCCUCAACAUGGGCGAGACGUUGGAGCCCAAAGCCCUGAAACCCACAGAUCUGGUGUAGACGUCUGCUUAAUGUCUGGCCUUAAAGAAGUGUGGAAGUCAUGAAAAGCUGUCAGACUGAAGUGUUAAGCACGUGCAGAUACACCACAGGCCCAAAAUUUUAUUUUUCUGGUUUCAACUGCGUGGCAGAAAGGUUUUAGUUAUGUUUUUGUCCACUAGGUGGCAGCAGUAUAUUAUAUUUCAUCUGGCUAUAACCAAAUCACAAUGCCUCAUCAGUGCACCUCAGCAGUGAAGGAGUCUGGGUACAAGACUGUUCACCAGACCCAACAUCUGUGAGUCCUAAGCCAUAUAAAGUACGCCCUGAGACCAUAACUUUCAGAGCUGCUGUGUGUCUGUCUCCUCUGCCCAGAAUGUAAAGUAGUGUUGUGUAGACAUCAUUUCAUGAUCUAGCUUGAUUUAGUGCCUUGCUGGGACAUGGGAGAAAAAAAACGGAGACAGCACCACAAUGCAUUCUUGUCCAGAAUUCCAUCCGGCUAUAAAACACCGACGGCGUCGCAGUGAAUGUGCAAUAACGUCCGACAGAUGUUGUCAGAGGACGCUGUGUGCGUGUCUUGUGUUUUUAUACUCCUCAAAUGGAGAUGGGUCUUUAAUAUAUGUGUUAAACUGAUAGUCAAGUUGCAGUGUUUAAGAAAUCAGGUCAGAAUGAACAUAUGGAGUUUCAUCUCAUUUUAACGCCUUGUUAAAAAACACACACAAGCAAAAAAACAACUUCACAGAAGAACACAGGUUUUGUCUGUUUUACCCAAGCAGUGUUUGUUCUGAUCUGUGUACCAUGAUGCAUCAGUGACAAGCUGCUCUAAUUGAUUGUGACUCACAAAAGAAAAA